AUGAGACUUCCCUUAGUGCUUCUAUUGGCAUCGCUUAUAUCUGCUGGGCCACUUCCACAAAAGACCGGGUUGGUCCAUCGUCACCAUCUCCAUGCUAGAGACGACAUGCCGGCGGUCACCGACUCGAAGCCAAAGAGCACGAGUACGACUGAGACAAAGGAUCUGAAGAAGACUGACUCUAAGGAUGAGUCCAAGGAUGACGAUAAAGAUGAGUCCACGAAAGAUGACAAGAAAGAUGAAUCUGAAACGUCUGACAAGAGUGACAUGCCUUCGGCAACUGCUCUGCCUUCAACUACAGAUAUGCCUUCCGCUUCGGAAAUGCCUUCCUUCUCCGAGGAACUGUCGCUGACUACUCUGUAUAGCUAUGACAUUACUGUUCCACCUUCGGUGAAUACUGGCGCUUAUAGUGCCAACCCUUACGUGCAUAGGUCGCUGAAACCGGCCAAUAUGGUGUUUAUUAUUGUCGGUGGUAUUUUGGGGCUUCUUCUGCUCCUUGUGUUGGUUGUAUGGUUUGCUUUCUGGCUUAUUAGCAGACACAGAGCCAAGAACGAACGUGCAGUUUACCUAGGCAUGCACACGCCUGGCGGAGGCUUCCACCUGAGUCUGUCGAGUUUCCUUCUUAACGACGGUAAUCUGUCAAUUGCUGAAAAGUCCAGUUCCGGUUGGGGCUCGAAUUCUUCAGUUCUCAUGCUUCAUCGUCAAUCGCUGACGCUUACUUUAGACAAACAGAGUGUUUUGCCUUCCCAGGGACGCAGUUAUAGAGAAAUGCUGGGAAUGGAGCAUUCCAGACGUGGGUCCAUGUACAUUUCGCCUGUUCUAGAGAUGAUGCAUGGCAGAAGCCGACUGCAAGUGGAUUUGGUACGUCCAGACUCUAUAUAUGGCCUUGAGCUGCCGUAUGCUGAUUCACCGCUUCCAUCGCCUAUGGGCAAUUCUUCCACAGAUGCUAUCAACACCCAGCCAUUAGAAACACAGGAAAAGAAGAAACUGAGACCGCCUUCACAGCUUCUAGACGACCUUCUAGGCGACGGCAUGGACUUUACCAUGGAUCCAGCGAAGAGGUGA